AUGUUAAAAGACGAGCUUCAAUUGUCCAACGAUUAACAUACAUUAGUGAUUUAACUUAAUUCCUUUGAUCCAAAAAUCACGUGGAUUACCAACGAUAAUUCAGAAAUCAUCUCUUUUGAAUUGUUCCUCAAUAAAAAGAAGUCUAUUUACAAAUUUGCUCCGAAUAUUGGAAUUCUAUUGAAAGAGUUCUUGAAUGGAAAAGUGUGUUUUGAAGGAAUAAAUAAUCAUUACAAGAUUGCCUAAUAUAUUUAAAAAAGAAAUUUUGGUUCUAUAGUUCGCAUGAGGAGCAUCCAUAACGAAGAGUUAGUAACCUGUAAAAUAUUUAAAUAAGGAAGGGCUGAAUUUGAACAAGAAUUUCGAAAUGAAGUAAUUGCCCUUCAAUUUUUAAAGCAUAAAUUUAUUCCAAAAUUAAAAGAAUACUACAUCGAAUAAAGCCAUUAAUAUAUAAUAUACGAAUUCGUAGAAGGAUCUUCUCUAGAUAAAUAUAUUAAGAAACAUAUUCUUAGUAAGAAUUAGAUUUUAAAAAUAAUGAAAGAUUUAUUAUAAGUGGUUUCAUACUUACAUAACGAGGGAUUCAGCCAUUAAAACAUCAAAUUAGAGAACAUCUUCUAUUGUUCAAUGUUGGACCAAAUCACUUUAAUAGAUUUUGGUCAAUAAAAGACUUAUGACAUUACUAGUUUAAGACACAUCAAAUCAAUCAAAACUUUGUCUACUUAAGACUAUUUCACCGAGAUGAAUUUAUUUACCAGCAAUGGAUUCUCAUUAGAAAAAGAUAUUCUGGAUUGUGGUCUCGUCUUUUAUUAAUUGUAAGUCUUUCAAUUUAAUUAAAGGAUUACUCAAUAAGCAUUGAACAACUAGGAAUUAAAUAAUUUUUAUGAAAGUAGAAGAUUUCAUCAUCUUGUUGAUGAGAUCAAUAAUUACGAAAUCUCUCAAUUUAUUUCUAAGCUUUUCAGCUGGUGUAAUUUAGAAAAUUAUGGAAAAGAAGACUUUGCUCAUGAUAUUGAUCAACUUAUCUCCUCUAGUAGUGACUGA